AUGAUAGAAAUCAUUUUAUUGCAAGCAUCUGAUGAACAAUAUGAUAAUUAUAAAGAUAAAUCAUUACGAAAGAAAGUAAAAGAUAGCUAUAAAGGACAAAUUGAAUUUAUUUUAGCACAAAAAGAGUUAACUGAAUGCCCUAAAAAUCUUUCUUUUAUGUUUCAAACCUUAUGUAAAGAAAGUUAUUAUCAUGAUGAUGAUCAACUAAAUAAUAAUGCUUCAAAGAAUAUACAGAAAAUACAGGAAAUUAUUAAAUUAGAAGCUAAAGAUGGAGAAAUAUUAAUUCAUAAUUUUCAUUUUAAUUUAGAUUAUCGUUAUUAUAAACUAAAUUCUGACUCUAUAUUAAAAAGUUCUUUUUCAAUAGAAUAUAUUGAAAAACAUAUUAAAAAGUUAAAAGAAAUAAUAAGAAUUUUAUCCAAUUUAAAUCAAGAAAGUUUUCUUUGUAAAAUAAAACAAAAAUGUCUUAAACAAUAUUGUGAUUUAAAAGACAUGUUAUUUAGAUAA